UCAAGAUGGCGUCUCCGAAUGGAGGUGAGGACUUUGAAUCCUCUCUGCUGAGUUUUGAAAAACUUGACCGCGCUUCACCUGACCUGUGGCCAGAGCAGUUACCGGGUGUCUCAGAAUUUGCAGCAUCCUUCAAAAAUCCCAUCACAAAUUCUCCACCCAAAUGGAUGGCUGAACUGGAGUCAGAAGAUAUUGAGAUGUUGAAAGAAUUGGGGAGUUUGACCACAGCAAAUCUGAUGGAGAAGGUGAAGGGCCUGCAGAAUCUGGCAUAUCAGUUGGGCUUGGAGGAGUCCAGAGAAAUGACAAGAGGGAAAUUCCUUAACAUCUUGGAGAGACCGAAAAAGUGAAGACCCAGAUAAAACCGUUGACGACGACCUUUAAUCUUUUGGGUCAGCUGCCAGCUGAUUGUGGUGUUGUAAGGCAGAAUAACAGUUCCAUGAUAUGUUAGCUUUCAAAUUAUUUAACUGAAAUUAUACGAAUUUUGGGUCAAAGCAUCAUAACAAUGCAUAAUUUUUAUGCAUUUGCAAAACUUUUUCAUGUUCUUUUAAUGACUGCAGUUGAGUAGAAAUUAUUGGGUAGCCUAGUGGUGUGCUUAUCACUACAUGUUCAUUAUGUAUUUAUUUUUCUCUCUCUAGUGUUUAAUACUGUUUAAUACAAUUUAAGUUGUUUAAUAAAAUGUCAUUGUUGUUUGAAUGAAAUACAAUUGGAUAUGAUGUUGUUUACAUGCCCCAAAAAUGUGCUAAUUUUAUUUUCGUAAAUUGUUAUUACAGUCAACCGCUCUUAAAUGGUACCAGCUAGUAAGGCUUUGGAUCCCAUUAUCUGUCCAAUGUAGCCUCUUUAAAGUUGUUUAUUAAACAAUGAGGGAGUUUAUGAAGUAGCAUCAAAACUUUUAAUUAGGGCAAUAACUUCAUGCUUGUGGCUCCAUUAACAUCUCUCUUUUGGUCUUCUACAUGUAAGAGGCUUUGACAUGAAAGUGCUGCCACACCAGUA